GGCUUCUGCAAGGAAAUGGGCUGCCAUCAUUUCAUACAUUGCCUCUCGCGCCUAUUUCUAUCUCAUCAUUUUACAGGUUCCUCUCUUCAGGUAAUUGGAAAUUUCCCAUUCUGUUUCUAUUUCCCCUUCAAUUUCCUUGUUCCUAUGUCUGGAUUCUGAAAUGAAAGAAAGUUAUAUUUUCUUUUACAAUUUGUUUAUAUCUGGCAUUGCCAGUGCUGGAAUUUCACAUUGGAUCUGGGUUUUGUGUUAUAUAAUAUAUCUAUAUCUAUAUCAAUUAAUAACAUUUGCAUGCCACUGCAAUCAGGAAAAGUGGAUUUUUUAAUUAAAUUUUUGACGUACAUUUGCAUUUACAGUGGGGCUCAUUGAUUUAUCUCCAAAUUGAAGCAAGCGUAAUCCCAUGCUUGGGAAAUCUGGAAAUUCCAUCUAUCAAAAGUUAAUGUAAUUGUUUCCUUAUGCAGAUUGAUUUCAUGACAUUUUCAGACUCUUAUAUUGGCUACGAUGAUAAAAGUUCAAGAGAUGGUAAUUUAGAGAAUUAUCAUCAUAAUAUUUUUAUAUCACUAUAGUAAAAAAUACCAUAAUUUGUACGUGAGAAUGGAAGUGGCUCAUUGCUCAUAAACCAUAACUCUUAAUUUGCACCAACAUGAGAUUGUCAUUUUCCAGCAUUAAUUUUAGGAAAUAAUAGGAAAAUGUUCUUGGUUCUUCCAAAAACUAGUGUUCUAUGAAAAAUCAACGUGUUCUCAAAAUGUUUAGGACUAAAAUUGAUAUGGAGAAACGAAACAAAAAAUGUGAAGGUAACCAUGGUCCUUCAUGGGUUGAUUGCUAAUGAGGAUAUGUGGAAGCAAAAGAAAUGGAAAGAGCAACUAAACAGUGUGCACAAGUGCAAUUUAAAACCUCAUUCUGCGACUACCAUGUAUGUAUUUUGGGUUGUCAGGGUAGCAUGCAGCAGAGUGGCAACAUGCACAACGCCAUUAGAGGUGGCAUCGUGUCAACUGAUCCGCCACCAAAUCUGCCCGGCUGUCCUGGUGAAGGCUCUCCUGUACCCGGGAGCUGUUCUACACACACUCCUCAAUAGCGCUACCAUUCCAAGCUUCAAAGAAGUCUAUAAUCCCCUCAUCCUCAAGAACCCGAACCCUGCUUUUGUCGAACCGCUCGAUCUCCGGCUUAUCGAGGUUUAUGUGGGAAGCUACUUGGCGGUGGGAGGAGCCCUGCUGGGAGCAUUGAGGCCAGGAGGAAGAAUGAGCCUUGGAGGGACACUGCUCGUUGUGUGGGGGCUUAGCAAAGAGCUCUUUCUUGGAAGAAAUGGCGUCUCCCUCUACCCAACACUCUUCAUUGCUCCAAUUCUUGCCUUUCUUUCCAUUAGAAGAGAUGUUAGAAAGCUGAUUCGUUGUUUCAAAGCUAGGCGCCAAAAGACACCAAUCCGCAGCUUCAAGCUCAAGGCUUGGAAGCGCGUUUAGGCUGUAUAUAUAAUAAGUCGUAUUUCUCUCUGGCAGAGUAUGCACUCUAAUUUAGAAGAAAAUGCUCUGCGUUUGGAAUUGAGAGAGGAGAGGAGGAUGAAAUAAUAUAUAGAAAUGGAUAGAGGACGAUUUUCUUUUGUUUGGACAUAGAACUAA